GAUAUUGGCGCUGUUAGAUGACGUCACGGCUAGCACAUGUCAAGUCUGAAGUCUACUCAAAAUGAGUGAUCAGGAACGCUUAGCGGUGGUCAGCGGGGCUAUUCGAUGUUUUCCUGAUUUUCCGCUUCAGGGUAUCAACUUUAGAGACAUAACUCCUGUUUUAAAAGAUCCAAGUGCCUUCAAUGCUGCAAUUGACCUUUUUGAAAACCAUCUGAGGACAAACUACCCCAAAAUAGAUCUUAUUGCUGGACUGGAUUCACGUGGAUUUCUCUUUGGACCAUCGUUAGCACAGAGAUUAGGAAUUGGUUUUGUUUUGAUUCGGAAGAAGGGGAAGUUACCAGGUCCAACAGAGUCCGUGUCAUACUCACUGGAGUAUGGAAAGGCUGAGCUUGAAAUUCAGAGUGAUGCAGUGGAUCCUGGACAGAAAGUAGUGAUAAUUGAUGACCUGCUUGCUACUGGAGGAACAAUGAGUGCAGCUUGUGAACUGAUGAGCAGAAUAAAAGCAGAAAUACUGGACUGUUUAGUCUUGAUAGAACUGACAUCAUUAAAGGGGGCUGACAAGCUGAGGCCUUACAGAGUACACUCACUACUGCAGUAUGACUAGCACUGACUGCCAAGUGCAGGUUUUAUACAGUAUUUACCUUACUUGAGCAGGUCACACUAUGCAUUGUAUGAUAAAAGAUCUAUGAGUCAUUCUUACAAAACCGUAACAGGUUUGUUUAUUUUUUUUCUGUAUGAAUGUACUUUGCCAGAUCUUUGGCAUUUACUUUUCUUCAUCCAUGUUGAAUCAACACCACAAAUUCAAGCACAACCGGAUCAUAUUAUUGAAUAUCAGAUCUUAUGCACAGGCAUUCUGUAUAUAAGUUUUAAAUAUAUUAUUUUUAUAUUUUACCUCGAUAAAGAAAAAGUAUGAGUAUUAAAGUUUAAAAAAGGAAACAUUUUUCUUUCAUGAUUCAGAUUGUGAAUGCAAUUUUAAACAAUGUUUAAAUUUACUUCUAUUAUCAACUUCUUUCUCUUAGUAUCUUUGCUAAAGGUGCAGCAAUGCGAUUAUACAUUGAAAACAUUGGGUGAGCAAAUGACAAGAGACAUAUGCUACCAAUCAGCUGCUAGUUCCUAGUAAUGCACUCUUGCUCCUAAGACUACCUAAGUAUGCUUCUCAACAAAGGACAUCAAAAGAACAAAGCAAAUUAGAUCAUAUAAGUACAUUGGAAAGUUGUUUAAAACUGCAUACUCUAUCUGAUUCAUGGCAGUUUAAUUUUGACUUAAUGUCUAUUUAACUGAGAAAUAUAUAGCAUCAGUUAGCAUGAAAUUGCUCCUUGGUUUUGAUUCCUAUUGACUGUUUCCUACUGUAUAAAGUUCUCUGCUAAAUGUCUGAGGGAUCAUUCUAAAACUGGAGUAACUUUGUCUUUGGUUGCUCAGCAUAAAAAAUUAAACAAAAAUAUCCAGAUUUAGACAUGAAGCAUAUCAAUUGGGCGUUAGCGCAACAUGCUUCUGUGAAAACUGAAAAAAAUGCUGUAGAAAAUAAAUUUUAUGGUUAUAAUUUUA